AUGCGACGCAAGGGCAACCGCUAUAAUGGCGGGCGCACCCAUGAGAAUGGUAAAGGACGUCUCUGGUCGCAAGUGGAGCACGGCUCACAGGAGGAGCUCGCCCCGCCAGCAGCUACUCCACUUAUGCAGGCGGAACCAUCGCCUCUUGUGGCCGCCAAGACCGCUCGCUUGGGGAAGGAUCGCGAGGGGAAAGCAACGCUUACGGAGUGGUACAAUCGGCCUGACCACGAAAUGAGCUACUUCAUUGGCGACGGCGAUGCUGACAGUGAGGAGACUGAGAGGCGGACCACUGUCGACCUGAGUGUAGCUGUCCGAGGACUGUGCUCGGAGUACUUCGAGUGCCACGUCUCCCCUCUUCUGCGAUCGUUGCAGAACACAACGGAGCAGCACCAGCUCAGGUUGCAGGAGUUGCAGGACCUCGUUGGGAAGGACCUGCGCGAGACUGUCGCCGUAGAGGUAGCUCGGCGGAACGAGCAGAAUGCUGUAAGCACUCUGGUGCGGCUGCAGGAGAUCUCCGCAUCACUGCAGAGGAAGGCAGACUCUGGCAGCGUUCCUACGUUGGCGCAGUGGAAGGCCCUCAGUUCCAAGAUUGACCAGAAGGCCGUGGUGGACCAGGAGGCGCGCGAUCAGCUGCGUGCAGCAGAGACAAGGCUGACAUCUGAACUGGCCAAGACUGACUCCAUGCAGCAGACGCUGCAGGAAAAGGUGGCUACGCUGCAGCGGGAUGUUCAGCAACAUGCCGAGGCUCUGCGAGCUGAGCUUGCGCAGCGCUCCUGCGAAGCAGAGCUCCGCAAGAAAGUGCAGGUCGGCGACAGCGAGGUCGCCACCGGCGAGCUUCAGAAGGUCAAAGCCUUGGUCGCUGCUGCAGGCGCGAACUUUAACAAGCAGAUAAAGGAGCUCCGACAGCAGGUAAAGGCCCUGCGAGAGGAAGGCGUAGCAAACCUCAGUGGCACGGGCGGCCUGGACGAUCGAGGUUGGCCGCACCGAGAGCCCCCAUCGCCGCGCUCCGAUGCUGGCUCAGAGCGCCUCUCCGAGGCGUGCUUGUUUCGCAAGCUCUCUUUUGGGCCAAGCGUCGGUGUGCGAGUUUUCCCAAUGAAACGAUCUCAAGUUCCCUCCACCUUCAUACGCAGCGUGCUGCGUUGGGCGUCCAACCUGGUCCGUUUCGGUGCUUUCCCCGCAGCGUGCUGCGUUGGGCAUGCAACUUGCUCCGUUUGCGUUUACACAUGCGUUUCCCGCUAG